AUGGGCUCGCAACAGUCAAUGGUUAACAACAACACCAUGGAAGGCAAAAUCGCUACGUCAGGUGCUCCCACCUCCGUCACAGCCGCUGCGGAGGCUGUCUCCAAGCCCAAGCCCUGCUGCGUAUGCAAGGAUGAAAAGGCGAAGCGCGACGAGUGCAUGCUUUUCUCCAAGGCCGACGAUCCUGCUGCCGACUGCAAGAGCUUGGUAGAACAAUACAAGUCCUGCAUGGCCGGGUUCGGAUAUAAUGUGUAA